CGAGAUGUAUAUCUAGAUAUAAUUCUAGAUUCAGAACAAUUUGCCUGUGCAGGGAUCUGCGAGACAUGUCAGAGUGCUGAGGCCACAUUCAAUUGUGUAACCUGUGCUGGUGACCAUGGGUGGUGUCGUCCUUGCUUGAUCAGAUCGCAUCAGUCAUUACCUUUCCACAAAAUUCAACUUUGGAACAACAUGUGCUUCCAGGACGUCACUCUUGCUGACCAAGGAUUCAUAUGGUACUUAGGCCAUGGAGGAGAGCCUUGCCCUUCAUAUGGAGCUUCGAAAAUUCACGGGGAUCAAGACGGGAGAGUAGAUGAUAUUACAGAGACAGGCCCCUUACCUCAAGAUACCACCCCUGUGACUAUUGUACAUUCAUCAGGAGUGUUCACACACAACGUAUCGUGGUGUCAUUGCCAAGGAUCCGAUCCUCAGCACCUGCAGCUCCUGAGAGCACGGCUAUUUCCUGCCAGCUCCACACAGCCCAGGACUGUUUUCACCUUCAAAGUACUGGAUCAUUUUCUCAUUGACACCUUGGAAUGCAAGACUUCAGCCAGGAGCUUCUUUGAGAAACUUACAAGGUUGACAAAUAAUGCAUUUCCAGAUACUGUACCAGAUCAUUAUCGUGAACUCAUGAGAGUAUCUCGACUGUGGAGAGACUUGAAGAACCGUAAAUGGUUUGGAUUUGGCCAUAAUAUGAAAUCAGGACCUGGCCCAGGAGAUCUUGCCCUUUUCUGCCCUUCAUGUCCUCAGCCAGGAAUCAACAUGCCUCUUGAUUGGGAGCAGAAGUAUGAAAGGCAAGUCAAUUAUUAUUACUGGUACAGCGAAACCAUAGCUAGACAGUGGCCGGUGGCUUGUCUGAACAUGAGACAGCCGAAAGAGGACAUAUUCCUCUCAGAUGGUUUAGGUUAUAUGGUCACAAAGGGAGAAUAUCAAGCUCACUUGGCCUCAGCUACAGAGAGUAGGGAGAGGUCUACUUGUAGCAACCAUCGUGCAGUCAAUGCAGCAAAUACAAACCGAGGAAACCUCAGAACUACAGGGGUGGGGGCCACUGCUUGUGCAAGGCAUGGAUGUUUCAUUCCCCACUCUGUAGUAGACUUUCAGAAGGGCAAAUGGCAAGUCUUAUUUAAUAUACUACUGAUUGACCGACUUGAUGACAAAAUCACGUCAAGCCACAUGAAUAUAGAUUACUCCAUAUGCAAUGCUAUUAAGCAUGCUGCAAGAGGAAUCAAUGACUCCCUGGUAAUUUAUGAUGUGGGCUGCCAGUGGAGUCUUCAUUUUUCAGAAUGUGUCAACAACUGCUCUAGCUUGACCCUCCCUGAUGACACAGAGAUUGUGGUUGCAGUGGGAAAAUUUCAUCUCAGCACUCACAAGCUUGCUGGUUUUCCCAGAUACAGCCUGAACUUUAUUAUAGGAGCUGGGCAGGUUGAUGGGGAAAUUCUAGAGACACUCUGGGCUCCCUUCAAUAAGAUUUCUCCAACAGCACGUUCUAUGAGCCAAGCCCACCGUCAAGAAAUCCUUGAUGAUCACAUGCAUAACUCAAAUUGGAAAAAACUUGUCCAAAUUGUUAAGACGCUCUUGCAAAAGUACAAAUGUGCCAAUAAGGGCAUCGAUGACACUAAGGUGCCAUUCCAAGAGCUCACACAUUCCUUGGAAGUCAGUAAAGUCUCCUCAUGGGAGAAAGAUGAAAAACGAGCUAUGGAACAAUAUGGAGAGCAUCUUGACAUAUACCAACUACAAAUAGAUAAAGGUGAGUUGUUCCUAGGUUCUUUUCAUUUUCACAUGCUGUUCAUUCUGAUGCGGUGA